CUACCCGAAGUCUGGUACCACAUGGAUGCAAGAGAUUGUCCCUUUAGUCCUAAAUGGAGGAGACCUUACUCCAGUGCAAACUAUUCCCAACUGGGACCGGGUUCCCUGGCUGGAGGAGACAAGAGCAGCCCUAGUUCUGGACCGUCUGCCCUCACCACGGGCAAUGGUCUCUCAUAUGCCCUACCAUCUCAUGCUCCCCUCCUUCUUCCCCUCCAAAGCCAAGGUCAUCUAUGUUACCCGGAACCCAAAAGAUGUUAUGGUGUCAUCAUUUCACUUCCACAAGAUGGCCAGUUUCCUGGAUGACCCUGGGACUUUUGAUGAGUUUCUAAACAAGUUUCUCUCUGGGGAAGUGUUGUUUGGGAAGUGGACAGACCAUGUGAAAAGCUGGCGAAAUUCAGAUCUGGGAGAUAGAAUCCUAUACAUGACCUAUGAAGAAAUGGUCAAGGACCUGAGGGGAGUGCUGGAACACCUCUCAUGGUUCCUUGGUCGGGACCUAAGUGAAGAAACUCUGGACCAUGUAGCCAACCAUUGCUGUUUCAGCAACAUGAAGUUAAACGCGAUGUCAAACUACUCCCUGGUGCCACAGGAGAUCAUGGAUAGCAGCAAGUCCACCUUCCUUAGAAAAGGGGUUGCUGGAGACUGAAAAAAUAAUUUCAGUCCUGAGCAGGAUUCCAAAUUCACAGCGGUCCUAAAAGAAGAAAUGAAUGGAACAAACAUUAAAUUCCCUUGGGAUGAGGAGUGAACAGGUGAAAAUGUACCGACAACGUUUUCUUGACAUUGCAGGCAGUUAGACAGUGAAGAAUUGAAAACAAAUGGACUCUAAACCCAUCUGUGCAUCCACAGCAUAAGUUUGAAUGUCACUGGCCGUGCCCUGAAACCUCAGCAGUACACUGACAAUACAAUAAAAAGCACUUAAGAUGGAUUUCCCAAUAGCAUCGUAGCACUAAAAUCAUCUUAAUUCCAUUGGAACUAAAUUCCCGAAAACCCAGCCCAGGUCAAGCUGAUCUAAAAAGUCACCACCAAAUACAAGUACAUCGUCUCGGGUACUGGUACACUGUGUAUAUAGCCAAGUCUUCGUUACUCUCUAAUCUUACUACAUUUGCACACACUAUAUAUAGAUUUUUCUAUUGUGUUUUUGACUGUACAUUUGUUUAUCCCAUAUGUAACUGUUGCUUUUGUCUUACUGCUUUGCUUUAUCUUGGUCAGGUCGCAGUUGUAAAUGAGAAC